GUCUUGGCCUCUUGCCAAUCGGUUCUACACAACGUAAGUUCGCUCAGAGUCUACCAUGAAAAUAAACGUCUAUGAAUAAAAUCUUACGGUUUAUACGUGUUUCAGUAUUCGUUUGGUAUUCUGAGCCGUAAACGUACUGGCCUUGACUGAAAAGAGUGUCUUGUCAAUUUAACCGUGCUGUGUAGUUGAUAGUGAUGGCUCAUCAGUUUUGGAUAUCGUAUCACCCACCUACUGGAAACAAACAUGCGUCCAGUGGAGAUGAGACUCCACCAAUACCAGAAGAAGAGCUUGAGCAACAGAAACUUGAGCACGAAAAGCAACUUCAGAAGGAGAAGGAGUGCCAAGCGAGAGAGGCUGAAGAAAUCAGGCAACUUGAUAUUAAGCUUCUUCAUCAGCGGGCCAUAGAAGCAGAGGAGGACAAAAAGAGAGAAAUCGCAGAGGCAGUAGAAGGACUGCGAGGCAUGAACACGUCCUGGUCCCACCACCGGCUCUGUGACUUACAGCGCCAGGCUGCAAGACUGCACCACAGUCGACCUUCGAUACCAGACACAACCAAAUAUCAACGGAACAUGUUGAGAAAAUCGUGCAGUACGCAGCUUACAAAACCGGAGUCCAGCACUAGCAUCGAUGAUGGGAUCAUCCUCAACUUCAGUAGAUUUGGCCCUUGCCGGGACGCUUCCCUAGACAGCGACUGUGGCUCUCCGGGGGGCUGCGUUAUUACAGUCAGCGCUGAAUGUAAUGUCACCAGUGAGCAUCACUGGCAAACCUCCGCCGUUGAUAUCAGUUCCAAUGCCGACGAUGACUUGGGCCGCCCGCCUUCCUGCCAGGGUUGUCGGGCACCCAUCGCGUCCCUGGAUUGUAUGGACGACUUUAGUGCUAACUCUCAACAAAUGUUGGAUCAAGCCGGCGAGGUAAAUGUGUCGCGACACAUGUCAACUUAUAUGGGAAACCAUACCACCAUGCCAUCAGUGGUGACUCCAGGAUUGAGAUACAAGAAUUUGGGCAAAUCUGGCUUACGAGUGCCCAACAUCGGCUUAGGAAUAUGGGCCAUGCUAAACGAAGAUUGCGCUGAAGAUGUCAUCAUGACUGCCCUGGAGAACGGAAUCAACCUAUUCGAUUUGUCGGAAGCACAUUGCGCCAAGGGAGAGGCUGAGCUGGGCAGGGUACUAAAGAAGCGCAACGUGCGGAGAACGAGCGUUAUCAUCACCACCAAAGUAUAUUGGAGCACAAAGUCAGAUGAAAGAGGCCUCUCUCGCAAACACAUAGUUGAGAGUGUUAAGGCGUCAUUGGCUAGACUACAAGUGGACUACAUUGAUGUAGUCCUCCUGCAUAAAGUCGACCCUGUCUGCCCUAUGGAAGAGUUGGUACGAGCAAUGAAUUUCGUGAUAAAUCAAGGAUGGGUCAUGUAUUGGGGGACAGCGCGCUGGACACCAGCAGAGAUAAUGGAUGCGUACAGCAACUGCCGUCAGUUCAACUGCAUAACUCCGAUAGUAGAACAAACAGAGUAUCACAUGUUCUGCCGAGAAAAGCCUGAACUCUAUAUGCCUGAGUUGUAUCAUAAGAUCGGAGUUGGCAUGAUGGCAUGGUCCGCUAUUACUACUGGUAAAGGUCUAGGCCGCGAGGAAAUUACUGGCCUCUUCGCAAAAUCUCGAUUCAACAGAAAAUAUAGCACCUUUAGCUGGUGUGAAGAAGAUCUGGCCGUUCCUGAGUUGCCCAUCUCCAGCAGCAAGGAUCAAGUGACUGGAGAAGAACCACGCACAUACGGAGACAAGCUGCGCGAUCUCUCGAACCUGGCCAAUACAUUAAAUUGCUCAAUGAGCCAAUUGGCUGUGGCUUGGUGUCUAAAGAACGAGUCAGUCAACUGUUUGCUGCUGGGUGCUACCAGCGUUGAACAAUUUAAAGAGAACAUUCACGCACUCCAGAUUGUACCACAGCUUACACCGAUAAUGAUGAUCGAGAUUGAGCGGUUACUUGCGAACAAACCACAACGCCCACCGAUGGUGUCCACUUUGGCAAUGCGUAACCAACAAAAUAACAAUACCGUCCGGGUUGACAUGACGGGGGCUACUACAUCGGGAACAGGAUCGCCGAAGCCUGAAGGAGAUGUAGUUGACCCUGAGGCAUCCACCCCCAGUAAGGAGCCCGGGCGGGGCUUUUGUGAGAUUCAGUGACCGUGGUGGCGCGGAAGCACUGACUCUGCUUCCAAAUCUAGUAGAUCAAAGGAAUCUCUGAAAGAUAAGGAAAAGGAAAAAGAAAAGGAUUCCAAACCGAAAUUCUUCUUAAACAACGCUGGAGAGGUCAUUAAACGUACUGAGCAAGAUGGAGUCUCCACUGACGUCGUGAUAUCAGUGUCAUCGUUGAAAGGUAAGCAACCAGCUAGCGGAGGCAGUAAAGUGAAGAAGUCCAAAUCUGACACGGCACGUCCGCGGUCUUCUUCCUUGCAACGGUCCACUUCUGGACAGUUAUCCCUCGGCAAAGACCGCAGGAAAUCCCGUUUGGACUUGAACUCGCCCGCUGAUCCGUAAUUUGAUUGCUUUUGAAUGUACACGUUCUACUGAUACCUGUGCAUCUACCUUUGUACCUACUGAAACGCGAUACGUCUCCUAGCAAACAUAUUGCUGUGUAGAAAUAACUGUUACAUAGAAGUUCCAGGGACUGGUAGAAUAAAUGUAAUUACAAUAACGUGGCGUGAUAGCAGUCCUUCGAGUUUCUCCUUAAAACUACGGUUAUUUCAACACAGACUAGACACAGAUUAGCAUCCAUAACCUACCCUACUGCAGCACAAAAACGACCCUUCCGCUAUUUUUUUCUAUAAGGUUCUUAUAAAACCCGUGAUUUUGCACGAACUGCCUCAUUAACAUUUUAACAACUUUCUUAUAAUACCUGAUAUCAAAUUAUUGAUAAAAUCUGCUCUACAGGUAAAUCAAAGGCAUCAAGUUAAAUAAAAGGACUUUAAGUGAUUGAAAAAAGUCUGUGAUGGUUAGAGAUUAAUGGAAAAUAUUUCUUAUGCAAGUAGGUGGAUGAGAUCCUGGAUCAAUCGUAUAAUAAUAAGUUGUAUUUACAUAUACUUAAUACUUGUAGAUGUAAUUGGCACUCGAAAUCUUUUAAUGUAGUGUAAACAAUGUCAAGUAAUGUAUUGCAUGCGUAGGGGAUGUUCGUCGUGAACAACCAAGUAGCGUAAGAUAGGUGCUUAGGUACUACUUAGAAUAAAACAUUGUCCACUAUACAACUUUGUGGACGGUUCACCAGCUGUUAGAAUGCCACAGGAGAUGCAAGCACCAAGUACUUCACACUGUAGUGUUUAGUAAUCGUAAUCAAUUUGCGAAUCGUUGAAAUGAUAUUAGGAAAUUAUGGUCUCCAAUUCCUAGGCGGAAAGGUUAAUAUUCGGAUGGCAAAACUAUCGAGAUUGGCGCUAAACUUUCCAAUGAAAUGUUUUGUUCUAUAUUUGAAUGUGUAAAUACUUCUAAUUACGGAAAAAAUUGAUGAUUCCUUUGAAUACAGAAUUGAGAAGUCGAGUCUUAUAUUUAAAAAAAAAUGUUUAUCUUAUUUAAAUAUGGCUUUCAAAUCACUGAACUGCGUCUCUUUUAAAGUUGUUAGUCUGGCUUAAACAUAGUAGUUGAACCUUUUAUAAUAUUCUGCACUUUCGACAUUUUGCAUUAUUACAUUUUAACUUAGGUACAUACUCAUUCAUACAAGUCAUAUACAUAGAUAAUUAAAUCAAAGUAAUAUAACAGAAAUACUAGUUUUAUCUCGACCAAGUGUGGGUUCGGUUUCCAUCUCGGCUCGAACAUACAUAAUCUUUAAAAUGAAUAUAACGUAGGGACGACGUGUGAUUGGUCAAUUCAGUGUGAGUGUGGUACAGAUGUACCUACACGGUUACGGUGCUGAUUUCGUCAUGAUCAUCGGUACCCAUUGUAGUCCUUUUAACAACAAACGACGUAGCACAAUUGAACGUUGCUAUAUGGCUAGUUGCUACCAGGUAGCCAGGAUAACUACGAUAUCUAGGGCUACCUCUUACUUAACGGCUAAAUAGGUGAUGACCACUAAUAAAGUUUGAUUAUUUGAAAUUGAUAAAAGAAUACCAGAUAACUAUCAAUUUAAAUAAAUAUAUAACAAAAAUGAAAAAAUCUCAUCAUCCUUUUUAUUGAUAAAACAAUGCCGCAACUCGUGCACACCAUGGCUAUCACAUGGAAUGGCGCGGACGGCAAAAUAUUUGUUUCACCUGUAAAUAAUAUUCAAUUUUCUCAAAUAUUACUAUAAAUUAAAAAAAUCUGUCGUAUUUAAACUCUGUAAUAUUUAGGUUAUUCUACAAUACUCUACUGAAUCAAAAUAUGCUAGACUAUCCCUGAUUUAUCUCAUGAGAUAGGAAUUGUAAAGUUACAUUAGAAAGUAUACCGGUAUAAUUAUGUCGACUAAUCUAAUCUAUAAUAUAAAAUCGUCUAUUAGGUUAAGAAUGUAAAUAUGCGCAUUAAUAUGCGUCGAAAAUGUGUAAGGAUUGUACGAAUUAGUUAAGAAAAUAAUAUAAUAUUUAGGAUAAUAAUCGUCUAUUAGGAUAAGAAUGUACAUAUGCGCAUUAAUAUGCGUCGAAAAUGUGUAAGGAUUGUACGAAUUAGUUAAGAAAAUAAUAUAAUAUUUAGGAUAAUAAUCGUCUAUUAGGAUAAGAAUGUACAUAUGCGCAUUAAUAUGCGUCGAAAAUGUUUAAGGAUUGUACGAAUUAGUUAAGAAAAUAAUAUAAUAUUUACUAUACGCAUAAUUAUGAUAGAUAGAAUAAUUCCAUUCAGCUAUUGCCAAACAGCUGUUACUUCUUACGUUAGUGGCCAGUUCUAUUCGACACAUAGGUAGGUACAUGUUAUCUAAAUUAAAAAUAAUAAAUACAUAAACAUAUAUUUCAUUCCAUAAAAUAAGCUAAGGAUGUGUACAUAUAAAAAGAAGCACAGGAACCGAAAAUAGUGAUUUUUAAAUUUUAUUUGUAUAAAUGUCAAGCAAGUGACGACUCACCGCACUGCACAGAUUCAUUGUACUUGAUUAAAUAUAAUGCGAGUAGCCUGUACAUACCGUUAGCAUAAUUUAUACACCAUUACAACUUUCGGUGUUUACUACACAGAUACCAACACCAAAGAAUGACGAAUAGAAUAACAACGUAACUAAAGUGUCAUGAAAGACAUAAAAAUAUGAUUCAAUGAGACCGUUGUCAAAUCACAAAGGGACUGAGAAAUCACUGAAAUCCUGCAAGACGUGUACUGGUCGAACAACAACAACGUACAUAUAUUAUGUAUUACCUCUACACAGCUCGGCAUUGCUUCAUAUGUUUGUGUCUAAAUACCAUCUAUCAUGACUAUUCAUUCUUAACAUAGUCAGCGACGGAAAUUUAUCAACAUUUUAUUUCAAUGUUCUGCUAUCAUACACACACAAAACUCUGUCUCAAUCUAAAUUGUAGAACAUUUUAAAUAACGUAAUGUCACACAUCACUCUAACUUAACGUGACAACUUUUCGUUUGUAAUGACAAUGAGGCGCUUUCAGUUCAAAAACUCGCCUCAAUUAUUAAACAUAAACUUACUUUUUGGCAUAAUGUGAAAUACUCGAGACUCAAACUCAAACCCAUGGCCUUGGAAAAUGUCCCUAUACAUAUUACCAUUCUUUUUCCAAUACGAGUGCGAUGUAAAAUGACAUAUAAUUUCAACAUAUCUUUCCGUCGCUGAAUGUGUCUGUGUUGGCCGUGUAAGCGUCUUCUUGCAUUAGGAUAAGUUUAACAUAGUAAGGUCAGCCACUGUGAUCCAAUAUUCGUAUUUAGGACGUAAAUUUAAUAAGAGUGAUAUAUAGAUCUGCUAUAACGAUGAGAUAUAAAAUAUAUUCUAUAAAAAAAUAUAUGAAGUUGAUUACGUGAAACUCUAAUAGGUAUAAUGCGAGUAGCCUGUACAUACAGUUAUAGUAGUUAUUAGGCGGUAAGGCGUGCACCAUAAAUACUAUUGGUGUUUAUUAUACAGACAACACUAAAGAAUGAUUUAAUCCCCUAGGAUGUUGAUGUAAACGAUUGCGAACUAGUAUACCGCUGGCUUGGUCCAUAUACGAACUUUAGGUUUCGUUCAACCAAAGACAUGAGAACAUAAAUCCUGUAACUUUCGCAAAUUACUUCGGACCUAGUAGAAAAAUGCAAUUCCAUACAUUUCUUUCCCACAGUGGACGACCGUUCAUAACAGUUAGUCAAAGCGGUGACUACAUUACAAUUUAUGUUUACAUCAACAUUCAAUUACGAAAUAACUUUUGUUGUCAUGAAAGACAUAAAAAUAUGCUGCAAUGAGACUAAUUUCUCAUCACAAAGGGACUGAGAAAUCACUUAAAUCCCGUUAGACCUGUACUUCUUUAUCAACAACGAGGUAUAUACCGUCAUAUAACAACGCAUUGCUUCAUAUGUUUGUGUCUAAAUACCAUCUAUCAUGACUAUUCAUUCUUAACAUAGUCAGCGGCGGAAAUUUAUCAACAUUUUAUUUCAAUGUACUGCUAUCAUACACUCACAAAACUCUGUUUCAAUCUAAAUUAUAGAACAUUUUAAAUAACGCAAUGUCACACAUCACUCUAACUUAACGUGACAACUUUUCGUUUGUAAUGACAAUGAGGCGCUUUCAGUUCAAAAACUCGCCUCAAUUAUUAAACAUAAACUUACUUUUUGGCAUAAUGUGAAAUACUCGAGACUCAAACUCAAACCACUGGUGUUGGAAAAUGUCCCUGUACAUAUUACCUUUCUUUUUCCAAUACGAGUGCGAUGUAAAAUGACAUAUAAUUUCAACAUAUCUUUCCGUCGCUGAAUGUGUCUGUGUUGGCUGUGUAAGCGUCUUACUGCAUUAGGGUAAGCGUAGCGCAGGAAUAGCAGUCACUGGUAUAAUUUUCGGUAUUAAACUGUUUAGGCAUUCUACUCAAAAUCCAAAAGACCUGAUUAACAGAGAAACAUUAACUUAGCCCCUUCUCUUUGCCAUAAAUAUAACAGUGUUCUGCUAUAGGUAACAGGAUUAUCCUGUAGGUUAAUAGGCAUGAAGGCGUGUCACCAUACAACCUUUCGGUGUUUGUUACACAUUCAAUACAUAAGAAUGAAAAAAUCAUUAGUCUUGAUGAAAAUUAAAGUACCAUUUAACUGGUUAGUUUGGUUUCGUUCAACCAAAAACGUUAAAAGCGUAAAAUAAAUAUUCAAAACUUUAAACUAUUUCAUCAAAAAUUUUGGAGCAACAUGGCAACAUCAACAUUCGAUACGCAAUAGCAUUUUGUGACAUAAAAAUAUGCUGCAAUGAAACCGUUGUCAUAUCUUUAAGGGAAUGAGAAAUCACUGAAAUCCUGGUGUAUUGGUCGAUCGACAACAAAGUAUGUAUUUACCUCUACACAGCUCGGCAUUGCUUCAUAUGUUUGUGUCUAAAUACCAUCUAUCAUGACUAUUCAUUCUUAACAUAGUCAGCGACGGAAAUUUAUCAACAUUUUAUUUCAAUGUUCUGCUAUCAUACACACACAAAACUCUGUCUGAAUCUAUAUUAUAGAACAUUUUAAAUAACGCAAUGUCACACAUCACUCUAAUUUAACGUGACAACUUUUCGUUUGUAAUGACAAUGAGGCGCUUUCAGUUCAAAAACUCGCCUCAAUUAUUAAACAUAAAACAAAACUUACUUUUUGGCAUAAUGUGAAAUACUCGAGACUCAAACUCAAACCCAUGGCCUUGGAAAAUGUCCCUGUACAUAUUACCAUUCUUUUUUUUCCAACACGAGUGCGAUGUAAAAUUACAUAUAAUUUCAACAUAUCUUUCCGUCGCUGAAUGUGUCUGUGUUGGCCGUGUAAGCGUCUUACUGCAUUAGGGUAAGUUUAACAUAGUAAGGUCAGCCACUGUGAUCCAAUAUUCGUAUUUAGGGCGUAAAUUUAAUAAGAGUGAUAUAAAGAUCCGUUAUAAUGAUGAGAUAUAAAAUAUAAAAAAUAUAUUUUAUAAUAAAUUAAACAGUUGAUUAUGUGAGACUCUAAUAGGUAUAAUGCGAGUAGCCUGUACAUACAGUUAUAGUAGUUAUUAGGCAGUAAGGCGUGCACCAUAAAUACUAUCGGUGUUUAUUAUACAGACAACACUAAAGAAUGAUUUAAUCCCCUAGGAUGUUGAUGUAAACGAUUGCGAACUAGUAUACCGCUGGCUUGGUCCAUAUACGAACUUUAGGUUUCGUUCAACCAAAGACAUGAGAACAUAAAUCCUGUAACUUUCGCAAAUUACUUCGGACCUAGUAGAAAAAUGCAAUUCCAUACAUUUCUUUCCCACAGUGGACGACCGUUCAUAACAGUUAGUCAAAGCGGUGACUACAUUACAAUUUAUGUUUACAUCAACAUUCAAUUACGAAAUAACUUUUGUUGUCAUGAAAGACAUAAAAAUAUGCUGCAAUGAGACUAAUUUCUCAUCACAAAGGGACUGAGAAAUCACUUAAAUCCCGUUAGACCUGUACUUCUUUAUCAACAACGAGGUAUAUACCGUCAUAUAACAACGCAUUGCUUCAUAUGUUUGUGUCUAAAUACCAUCUAUCAUGACUAUUCAUUCUUAACAUAGUCAGCGGCGGAAAUUUAUCAACAUUUUAUUUCAAUGUUCUGCUAUCAUACACACACAAAACUCUGUCUCAAUCUAAAUUAUAGAACAUUUUAAAUAACGCAAUGUCACACAUCACUCUAACUUAACGUGACAACUUUUCGUUUGUAAUGACAAUGAGGCGCUUUCAGUUCAAAAACUCGCCUCAAUUAUUAAACAUAAA